GAAACCCGCCAAAACGCACGCACAAACUUCCACACUAGGGAUUCUGUGCGUCAAAAAAAAAAAUUGCGCUUCCUUUUUGGCUUCUUUGCAACUUACUGUAUGAUGUCUGACGUUCCCUCUAUAAGAUUUGAACUUGAAUUUCAAUCACAUCGGGGAUAAUUGUUUAUUUUGACUGGAAUAAUCUGACAUCAGUCUAAUUUGUGCGAAGGAAUACGCGUCAACUUACUUGGGACGAUUUGUGGUGGCAAACUCGAAUUUCAUGAAGUUUUGGACAUUCCCUUUGAUGUCCAAACUUAGUUUCACUUUGUUGAUUUAGGAGGAGUUCUUUUCCUUGAGCGGAGCAGCAACAUUGACAGUUCCUUUAUAAGAAAGGAAUGAAAUACGUGCCUACAAAUCUUCAUUUAUCUGGAAUACUCAAAAAGGCCGAGGUGCUGCAUGACAACAAGUUCCAAAUGUUGCUGAAAUACUGACUUUUGGAAGUUUUAUGAAGGAAUACUAAUCUCAGAUAGCAAUUAUGGAUUGGGUUCAUACGACGUUGUUCAUACUUCUCGCGGUGUUAAGCUGUGAGGUAUUGGCACAGCGAUGGGAUAACUUGUCACCGCUUGCUAACUUCGCCUGCAUCGUUAUACCAGCACUCGACAAUCAACAAAUAGAUCCAGCAAAUACGCAUUCAGCAAGAGAACUAAUAGCUCUACGAAGUGGGGGAUUUAUCAAUUCAAAUGUCACAUUCGAAAGUUUAUUCUCGUCGGGAGAAAGAAGUUUCGUAAGGGACGAGAUUACAGGAGAAGUCACGGGUGUGAGAUUACGCGGGAAUGUGACGUCAGGAGAGGCAUAUUCGUGCGUGUUACAAAAUGGAGAUGUAACAACGAGAAUUACAGCCUUCGUACAACCUUCAAAAUUACGCGUUACACCAUUCAAAAGGACGUUAAGAGUAGGUUUGGGAGAACCGAUCAGGCUUUGGGCAGAUACGGGCAUGAACAAUGUGAAGUGGAGAAGACUUGGUGAUUCAGAAAACGACUGGAAAAGGCAGACUACUACCGUAGAUAUCGAACGAGCGCAAGCGGUCGAUUCGGGAUUCUACGAGAUUGUGUUUGAUGAGCAAACCCGGGAAAUACACGGUUUGGUUGAAGUUAUUGUUAGAGGGUGCCCAGCUGGUUUCUGGGGACGAGGUUGUGAUCAGGAUUGUCCCAACUGUUUAAAUGGCGGUAUCUGUGAUGACGUCACUGGGGAAUGUGUCUGCCCUCCCGGUUUCACAGGACAGCUCUGUACAAAUGCACUAGGAAAAGAUAUCUUUGGUCAACAAGGCCAAUUUCGAUGCAGUGAAGACAUUGGUAACAUCACGGAUUGCAGAGGUAUGCUGGUAUGUACAGGAACCCCCUAUGGUUGCUCAUGUGCAGCUGGUUAUACCGGCGUGGACUGUAUGCAAGAAUGUGAUAAUGGAGCUUUCGGAGCCGAUUGUGACCAGACCUGUCACUGUCGAAACAACGCCCUCUGUAGCGGAGAUACGGGAAGCUGUGACCCCGCAGGUGGAUGUGAAGAUGGUUGGACUGGGGUCAACUGUCAAGUACCCACGCCAAGAAUAACGUCCUUCACCGCAUCACCAUCCAACGGUUCCAACUUCGGCACCACCAUAUCCCUCACCUGUACCGCCACCUUCAACUUCACCGACACCUCGCUAACCCUACAGGUGUAUACGGGUACCCCCGGGGGAAAACAGAUACCUUCAGGAGUUACCCUACGUGACGUCAAGCACCAGACACAGACGACAAUGGUGGAGACGGAGAUUACGCGCGCCGCGCAGGAUUUUGAAUGUCGUCUGUCAGCAAGCGACAAUUUGAAAGAUCAUGCCAUCGUCAAUGUCAAAGGUCAUGAGCAACCGUCUUUGACUCGACCGCCUACAAUAGUGACUGUCAACAGCGAUGCGGUAGAACUUGCGUGGAACGCAUGGAACGCUGCGGUUGAUACCGGUAGCGGUCCGGUCACCGCGUAUAUUGUACAGUCCAGAGAACACGGCGUUGCCGCAUGGGAGACGGCUGGAAACGUCACAGAAGGACCGUUCACAUUUACAGUGAUGUCACUUGGCAGUCGGAUAACCUAUGACUUUCAGGUGGUUGCGGUCCGACCCGGAUUGAAUGGAGAAGGUGAACCGAGUCCUUUGAUAACGGCAACCACCACCUGUGCAUCUCCAGAUCCAAUUCCAUCACUGUCGGUCUCAUCAAUACCAAACAAAUCGACAUCACUUCUCGUUACGUGGGAACCAACCCUGGAAAGACGCUGCGAUGUCGCCUACUACAUUAUUCAUUAUGACAUCACACGUUUCGACCAAUGCGCUGACAGGAAGGCAACUUCGGGAAGUGACGUCAGCCAAUCAGGCACCUUCAAUACGACAGAAACGAGCUGGACAAUCAACGGGCUCAAUGAAUAUUCAUCAUACGUGGUAUUCGUUGCUCCAGGAUUUGAAGACAACGUUGGGGCGAAUAUUACAGAAGUUGGAACAACCCUCGGAGAUCGACCCACAUCAGCCCCUGCUGCAGUAGAGGUCAUUGACCUUUCAACCGACAGUGUGACCUUGAGCUGGGGCGAGGUCCCGUGCGGUCAUCGUAAGGGGUUGAUCAGUAACUAUCUACUGAUGCUAAGAGGAGCUCAACAGGGAACACAAAUCGUCUCUGCUUCUCAACAUUCAUACACGUUUCCCGAUCUAGCAGAGUGUUUCAUGUACAACUUUACAGUAGCAGCUCAUAACAUGGCGGGCGUUGGUCCUACUAGUGCACCAAUACCCAUCGUCAUACCGGCUACAGUUGUCCCUGGCCCAGUUCCGAACCUUCGCGUCACCUCGACCCCUACCGAGAUCCACCUUUCCUGGGACCCUCCCGUACAGUCUGCCUGUCAGAUGGAAUACAUCGUUCGUUAUACGCCGCAGGUCCUGGACCAAUGCAUAGCCCAACUGACGGAGGGGCCUAUUGUAGCAGGGAACACCAACUUGACGACUGACUUCACAAUCGCAGGACUGGUGCCGUAUUCGACGUACAGUGUCGAGGUUCUGGCGCGGAAUAGCAUUGGGUUCGGAGUACCGCAAAACAGGACUAUACGCACUGCAGAAUCAGUUCCUGAGAACGUGACCCAACUUACUUUAGUGGAAACUACUGAGGACAGCAUCUCAUUGACGUGGGACCUACCGUGUGGACAGACCCAUGGUGGUAUACUGCUCUUCCAUUACGAACUUUCCAAUGAGAACGUGCCCAUUGCUGCUCUUACCGAGGGGGAUUCCCCCAGAAACGCGACGUCAUUGACUAUCAACAAUCUGGCUUCAUGUACGCCAUAUGAGUUCAGGAUCAAGGCAAAGACAUCGGCAGGGUAUGGUCGGUACGCCAAACUGUUCCACGUGCGAACACAAGGAGGAGAACCCGGUGUGAUAGAGACCAUGCUCGUGCAUACCUACGACACACGUCCAUUCGAAGCUGACGUCACGUGGUCUCCACCAGAGGUCAACGGGUGUCCCAUACUCUACUACCGGGUCACCUAUGUUCUUACAAACCUUGGUAUGUGUGGGCCGAUCAGCAGCAGCCUUCGGAUGUUUCGGUUUGCUGGGAACACUUCGCAUUGGUUCAUACGAUUGUCGAAUCUGGAGCCUUACUCGACGUACGAUGUCUAUGUUCAAGCCGUGAGCGAUGCCGGUAUGGCUCCGGUUGCGACAAGAAGCUUCCAAACACGAGCUGCAGCUCCAGGACAAGUGAUGGUAGUCGAUGUCAUGGAACGAACCCAGAGCAGCCUCAAGUUUCGCUGGAACACACUGGAAUGUGGCGACCGUCACGGACCGGAAGUCAUAUACCACUAUCGACUGGAGUCACCUUCCGGGUUAUACUGGAACGGUCAGGUACAUGAUCCCGAAUCCCUAGCUGCGGUGUACGGGCUCUUGCCUUGUUUGAUGUAUUCUUUCAAGGUCCAAGCCGAGACGUCUGCAGGAUUCGGUGAACCAAGUAACCUGCUUUUUGCUGGCACGACUGCCUCCCCUCCUGGUCCCGUUACGUCACUCAACCUCCAGACCCUAAGUUCUGCGGAGAUGAACAUCACCUGGAGCCCUCCUGCAGCACAGCCUUGCCCGAUAGUCAGCUACGGCCUCCGCUACCUUCCAACAAACACCGACCAGUGUGAUGCGACCAUAAGGCGACUGACCGCUACGAGGACGUCGGACGUCGAGACCCAGAACACGUCGGCCGUAGUAUCAGGGUUGCUGCCCUUCACCACGUACAGGGUAAUGGUAUGGGCCAGGACGGAUGCACCAACGGCCGGACAAGAGGUCACAUCGACCAUAGUUACUGCACAAGCUCCACCGACUGCCUCACCCACGCUCAACGAACCAUCGACAUUCCCAAACAAACCGACCAAACUCAACGUGUCAUGGGAAGAAGUGCCUUGCGGACAUCGUUGUGGAGACAUCACCUUCUACGCCUAUGAGCUGGAAGCUCUUGAGGACUCUGCCCUAAAUUCAAAGACAAGCAAGAUUCCCGCGUCACAUCGUUACGUCACAUUGGAUGAUCUCGAGCCUUGUGAGGUGUAUCAGUUCCGGGUCAGAGCUCGUACCCGGAAAGGAUGGGGACCAUUCAGCAGUUGGAAGAAACUCAUCACGAACGCAGUUGUGUCGGCUGAAGUCAGCAUAGUCCUUGCCGAAACAACCAGUGACAACCCCACAUCCAUUCGUCUAAAUUGGAACGCCCCGCCAAACCAAAAAUGUCCAAUCAACAGCUACGUUGUAUCGUACCGUCUGGUUCGUCAAGACAGAUGUCUCCUCGACGAUGAUUGGCCAACUCAUGAGUUAGCCGUAGUGGCUAACCAUGGAGAUGUUGAGAUCGAUUCGCUGAUACCCUUCUCGACCUAUGAGUUGAAAGUGUUUGCGGUCACUGAAGCCGGCAAUGGAUCUAUGUCGGUGGUUGUCGUACAGACAGGAGAAACAAUUCCGACCGAGGCACCAGACGCGAUCACCGUCGACCUUGUGACGUCACGGGAAAUCGAAUUCUCAUGGAGGGAGCCCCCAUGCGGUACACGACACGGAGACAUCGUUCACUACGAGUAUCAGCUCCUCGAUGCUAAGAACGAUCGUACGUUGACGGCUACGACGACAGAGACCGUGGUACAGAUAGGAUUCCUGACACCGUACACGGAGUAUCGGUUCUCUGUUAGAGCUGCCUCGUUGAAAGGCUAUGGGCCGUUUUCACAAGAAAUUUCGAGGACAACUCUUGUCGCACCACCACCCAAGCCGACUGGUUUGGAAGUCCUUGAGAUUGGAGAGACUAAUGUCACACUUCAGUGGGUUAGGCCCAAUCCUCCACACGGCAUCAUUCACGAAUAUAAGCUUCAAUUCUGGCGACAGAGCGAGAUGAGAUCAAAUCAGAGCAUAGAGAUCACGAUCAGAUCAGAGGAUGAGAAAGUAAAUGGCACCCUCAUCGGUCUUAAUCCGUUUACUGCUUACGUCAUCAAGAUCCGUGGAGUGACCAGUGCAGGACCGGGAGAUUGGAGUGAUGAGAUCAACGUUGGGACCAGCGAAGGACUUCCUGGUCCUGUUACGGAGCUCCAGGUCUUAAACCGUACAUUGGAUUCUAUUGAGUUACGGUGGGAGGCCCCAAAGAGUCUCAACGGUGAAUUACUCGGCUAUACGAUUUCUUAUGUGCCUGUUGUGAAGAACGAGCCAAAAGAUGGCAACCUUUCCACCAAACGGCCUAUAAUGAACAUACAUAAUACAAGGUCUACUCAUAUUCUCGUAUCCGAGCUCGAUCCCGCCACAGAAUACAUCUUUCGAAUUUCAGCCAACAACCGUGUCGGAGACGGCACCGUCAUCGUCAUCACUGAAUAUACUAAGGUCCCAGCACCAAUCAGCCCCAAAGCUCCUUCUGCAUCAUCGACUGUCACAGAGGACAACAUGGUGACUCUACAGUUACAACCACUGACAGAUUCCGUAGUCAGUGCCUACCGAGUCACAGUAAAGCGCAUGAAUGAGGUCGCCAAACGCUCAGCCGACUACCAAGACUACCAAGGAUGGUCAAUGCGCCCGGUUUACCCCGGCCACUACACCCAAUCCACCUCGCACUGGAUCGCUGCGGAGUUCGGGCAAGGGGAACUCCCCAAUGUCUUCACAGUCGGGGAUAACAGGACGUACGGGGGGUACCACAAUGUCCCUCUCGCUCCCGGAAGCUCGUACGGGAUCAGCAUGUGCAGCGUCAGUAGGACAAUGAGGGACAUGGCAUCAAGUUGCAGUCAUCCCAUCGAAGUCAAAGCCAAGCCCAACCCGACAUCGUUGUCGAAUGCAACCGUCUUUCCGAACGAGUUAAAGGCUGCCCUGGGCGUCAUCCUACUCGUGGUCAUGGUCGCAGUCCUCAUCGUAGCCGUGAUCAGAAGAAGGAAACGACUUCACACAACUCGUCCCAAGGAAGGUAUCGGUCUAUCUGCCCUAGAAAGCGGUGUUGAGAACGGUGCAUCUAUGUCUAACGGAGCAAGCACAACCCUGCCCGCCCUCUCUCGGGGGCAAGGCGUAUACAAAGCAAAACCGAGAGGACUAUCGGUAAACGCCCUGCAGAACGGUCAGAACGGGCACGGUAUAAAACGAGGUAACGGUGCCAUGAGACAACGACCCAAAACCGCGCCCAAACCAGCGAACCCCAGCGCCAUGAGAGCAAGAUGGCAGGCGCCACCAGCGGUCAAGAUUGUUGAGUUGUCAGGAUACGUGAAGGAGAAGACAGCCAAUGGCGAGAUGUGCUUCAAACUUGAUUAUGAGCGUCUUCCUGACGGUCAGAUGUACACAUGGGAGGUGGCUACCAGACAAGAAAAUGUUUCCAAGAACAGAUAUAUCAACAUCAUUCCAUAUGAUCAUUCCCGAGUUAUUUUAGAUACAGAUCCAGAUGCACCGCACGAAGAUUACAUCAAUGCUUCAUUUGUCAGCGGUUAUCUCAAACCGAAGGCAUAUAUCGCGACGCAAGGUCCUCUGUCAACAACUGUAUUUGAUUUCUGGAGAAUGGUUUGGCAAGAGAGAGUACCAGUCAUCGUCAUGCUUACAAAACUAGUCGAAAAUAAGAAGAGGAAGUGCGAUCCGUAUUGGCCUGAAGACAUCGAGACGUAUGGUGAUUUCACAUUGACUGUAGUAGCUGAAAGGAAUUACCUCAACUACACUGAACGUACCCUGACAAUCAGAAAGGCAUGGGACCCAGAAGAGAGGCGGGUACAACACUUCCACUACACGUCCUGGCCUGACAUGGGUCUACCCCUCAGCGCCACACCCCUUCUGGAGUUCAUCACCAAGGUCAAAGAGUUUGAAGCCCGGCCCAGUGGACCCACCAUCGUCCAUUGCAGUGCUGGUGUUGGCCGUACAGGUACCUACAUCACCAUAGAUUCCAUGAUGGACAUGUCGGCCAGGGAGCAGCAGAUCAAUGUACUCGAUUUCAUCUAUAGGAUGAGAACGAAGCGAGUCAAGAUGGUCCAGACACCGGAGCAAUAUGUGUUCAUCUACGAGGCCCUUCUCGAAUGUCUGCUCUGCGGCUACACCUCCGUGCCUACCAAGACCAUUGUACAAUACUUCACCAGACUCGAGCAAACCAACCUACACACCAAGAGAACUUUCCUUGAGGAACAUCUCAGUGCACUAGAUGCUAUGUCAAUCUUCUACAGUGAUGUGAGCAUGCAGGCAGGCAAGAGCUCUGAGAAUCAUCAUAAGAACAGAUAUCCUGAUAAUAUACCUCUUGACAAGUACCGACCAUACUUGAUGACAGGUUGCAGUGAAGGACAAACAAACUACGUCAAUGCAACAUUUUUAGAUGGGUUCAAUAGGCGUGAUAUGUACAUCGCAACACAGAUGCCCCUCCAGCACACGGUCGAAGAUUUCUGGAGGAUGAUCUAUGACUACAACUCUAACGUCAUUGUAAUGCUAAAUGAAAUCAACAGGAACGAUCAGACGUGUUCUCAGUACUGGCCUGCCGGGGACGAGGCGCUGAUUGGUCCAUUCGUUAUUGACGUAUCAGCCGAGGAGAGGGAAGGUGACGUCAUCAUAAGGACAUUCCUCCUGUCCAAUACCAACACGGUCGCUACUGAGAGUUCACGAGUGAUCCGACAGUACAGCUUCGUGGGAUGGAAAGAGAGACAGAAGUACCCCAAGAGUCUGGCAUCACUUCUCUGUCUCCUGGAUCUAGUCGAGGCCGGACAGAGAGAUCUGGGUAAUGGACCUAUCACUGUACACUGCAUGGACGGUGUAACGCGGAGCGGCCUCUUCUGUGCUAUCAUGUCAACGAUUGGAAAGCUGAAAUCAGAAGGAAACAUUGAUGUCUUCCAUGCGGUCAAGAAGCUUAGGAAGUGCAGUGGAAGGAUGGUCCCCAGCGAGGAGCAAUAUCUGUACAUCCAUGACGUUGUCCGAGAGUACCUCGCAUCGUGUGAAAUCUACGAAAACUUCAGGUAGAUCGAUCUCGGAAUUCAAAUAAACUCUGUAUUAUACGAGAUAGCAAAGAUACUGCGCACUUUUUAAUCCAAGGAGGUAAUCAGAGAGCUUUCAUGUCCUGGCCAAGGACUCAACAGAACGAAGCGCUAAUGUUUAAUGACUCACAAGUGGAAUGUAAAGUGUCAGUAAAGACAUCAUCUUCCACAACUCGAGAAUGGGCUUACCUCUAUUUGAAAUUUUGCGAAGGAUAUCAACAACGUACAUGUCCAGGAAUCUUGCAUUAUGUUCGUAAGUUUGUGAAGAUUUUAGCAGCAUGGGUGUGAACGUAACGAUGACAUCGAACGGCCAAGUAGAUAUCAUCAUAGCACUUUGAUUCAAGUUUGAUUGGACGUUACGCAGUUGAACUCCUACAGACUCGCUUAGAGGUGUCCGCGGAAAGUGAAACCAAGGAGUAAUUUUGAACAAGUUGGCUGAUUGUUUUAUCGCCACUGAGAAUUGAACUUGUCGGUAUCCAUGGUAACCAGUGAAUCGAGAUGAACUCUUCGACGGUGGAUAAUAAAUGCCAAUGAACGAAGUUAAAGGAAAUGUGUGUCACCUGGUGCUGUGUAAAGACGUCAUUGUUACAUCAAAUACACGUAUUUCAUCAAAUCUUCUAUCUUUCUCAUUUGCUUUUUUUAAAUUAAGUUUAUUAAGUUAUAAUUUGAUAUCAAAUUUGGAAUCCUUUUUAUUACCAUUACCGUCUCCUUAUCUUAUAUAUGUAUAUAUAAUAUAUGUGUUGAGACAAUAAUAUUAUAACGGUGAUGUGUUAAAAAAAAGUGAAAUACUUGGUAAACUACUCAUCUUCUUUAUCGGAAUUAUCAUUAGAUCAAUAUAAAACUGUUAUGAUUACUGUAUUAAAAAUUCAAGCACAUUGAAAUAUUUGUCCUCUGGUAUAAGUAUUGCUGCAAAAUGCUGAUGAACCAACAAAAUUACUUCGUAUCAAAUAAUUGGAUAAAACUGGCAAUAUUUGAGGUUUUCAAUUCAUUUUUUAUUUUUCUAUGAGAGUAAAGGUUAAAAGAGAGGGAUAUCACGAAGAAAUAAUAUAUAUAUCAUCUGAAUAUAACUAUAAUCCUUCGCACAAUUUUGAUGAUCAUUUUUGAAAGAAUGUGUACAAAUGUUUUUUUACUCAGAUUCUCCUGGUAUGAGAAUAAUAAUUUGUAAAUUGUUAUUAUUAAAUAUCAUUAAUUGAGUAAUCAUGAUGCAAUUGAUGAAUAUGGUUAUUAUUAUUUUUGAUGUACAAUAUCGACCAAAUAUUUAGAUAUGCAAUAAAGAAAUGUAAAUAUUUUAUUAUGAUGUGCAAUGGAUCCUUACUAUGAACAGAAAGUGUUAUAUGUAUUUUAUUAGAAGUCUGUCUAGUUUUGUAGAAUAACCAUUAAAACAGAAUCUUAUUUCUUUAUUGUUGAUGAGUUUAAGAAAUGUAAAUAAAGGAAUUCGAAUUAGAGAUGGCCCGCUCGUUUCGAGAAGAUAUAAUAUUUCAUCAUGGUAUACAUGUAGAGAGCAGCUUUUAAUGAACUUACAAAUCACAACUGCGCUUAACCAAGAUAACAUAAAUAUAGACAAGCAUUUUACAAAUCACGUGGUAUUUAUGAUUAAUAUUUUUCAAACAAUUAACUUGGUGCUAUAAGGUCGAUUCCUCUUAGGCCCAAUCUGUGUUAUGUUUCGAAAAGGACAGCAAAUAGUAUGUGCCUUACAAUGAACAUCAAAUUUUAAGUGCCUCGAUUGGGCUUGGGUGCGCAUGCGUACCUGUUUGAAUGUUUGAAUGUAUAACAGCGGAAUGGAGUACAAAGGAUACUCUUUAUCAUGAAGUGCAAUUGAAAUGUAUACAGUCUUCUUUGUCAUUGGAUUUUUACUAUGAGAAAAUCAUUAAAAGAAUGAAAAAAAUAUGAA